AUGGAAAGUGCUUUGAGGUUUUUAACAUCCAAGGACUUGAAUGUUGCUAAUCUUCAUUCCUGUCCACACUGCAGCUAUUCCACUCGUCGAGCCAGUAAUAUGACAAGACACGUGCGUAUUCAUACUGGUGAACGUCCUUAUAAUUGUCUCUUCUGUGAGUAUAAAUGUAAAAGGAAAGAUGACUUGAAGAAGCACAAUUUAAAAUCAUCAUUGAAACGUCACAUGUUGACUCACACUAAUGAACGUCCAUUUAAAUGUUCUUACUGCAAUUUCAGCUCAAAACGGAAUGCUGACCUUAAGAGCCACUUAAUGACUCAUUUCAACAAACAUAAAUUUCAAUCGACUGUGCAUCAUGAAUGA